AUGCUUAAACAGAAAGUUACCCCUGCUGGAGAAGGGGACAACAUGGGUCCACCAAAGAAAAGGUACACUGCGGACAUGGUGUCAAAUAAAUCUCUUGAUGCUUCUGCCAAGGCCCAGGGAGAAGAUACUACUGUCAGCCAGAACGCCCAAGUGGGGGCUCCAAUGGAGGGUGAUUCUAAAGUCUACCCGCAAAAUUGUGCUGAAAACCAGCUUAACCCUGUGGCAGGAGAUGCCAUUCUCCCCAGCCCACGAGAUGCUCUGCCUGACAACUCUCCUCACCGCAAAGAUGAUGACAACGUCACAGUUGCAGGGGGAAGUGUGAGCAGUGAGCACUCUGCAGGCACUGCCAAUGCUCCAGCAAUGCCUUCAGCAGUGUCUGGGCCUGACAUGCCCGUCCUGAGCCCAAAUGUAACUAAUUAUGAAAUAAAGUGUGCCCUGAUGACAGAAGUCCGACGCUAUGGACGACAGUAUGGAAAGAUUUUCAAGAUUCUUGAAGAAAUUCAAGGACCUCCAGAAGUCAAGAUACAGUAUGUCGAGUUCACCAUCAAGGAAGCGGCAAGAUUUAAAAGACGCCACUUAAUAAAAUAUCUCGAGAAGAUCCUGGAAAAAUUAAUAGCAGAAAAGGCUCUCAACAAUGAUGAUGAAUACCCAAGAGUGUGA